AUGGUAACCGAAGUAAAUAUGAUCGGUAAAGACAAUGGAUGGUGGGUCAAUACCAACGCUAUUAUUCGUGUGUCUAAUAAUCGAGACAUGUUUAAGACUUUUGAACAAGUGGGUGAUGGUAAUUCAGCUCAACUUGGAAUCCAAGCUAUGGCAACUAUGCUUAGAAAGGGUUCAGUGGAACUAAAGUUGUUGGUUGUGCACCACCACCUUCCCAUAUGCCACCAUGAUCUCCUUGCUAUUCAUAUGGGCAUCGACUCAAUAACUGCAUCAUGUGCUCGAAGGUUUGAUAUGUACGUCUUCUUAUCUGCAGAAUGCACAUAUACAAGUCAUAAAGCACAAGGAAGAGGGGCAGCCAUCCAAUUUGGUUGCUGUUACAAUUCUGAGAAUAAAUACGGGACCUCACAAGGCAUCAUUCGAGAUGAAGAUGCAGAACCCAUUCCUCAUCUUUUCAAGGUGAUCAUCAAGAGGCUGAUCGGGUGGCAUGUCCUCCCUCCUACGUGCAUCCCCAACAGCUGUGUUGUUGACAUUUACGACGAGGGAGAUUUCAUGCCUCCUCUCAUUGAUCACCAUGACUUUGUUCGACCUCUCUGCACUCUAUCUCUCCUCAAUGAGUGCAGCAUUCUCUUUGGUACAAAUUUGCAAUGUGUGGAGCCUGGUGUCUUUGAGGGUCCAAUGGCCCUACCUUUGCCAAUUGGUUCAGUGCUAGUCUUGAAUGGAAAUUCUGCAGAUGUUGCCAAGCAUUGCAUGCCUGUCGUUCCCUCUAAAAGAAUUUCCAUUACAUUCAAGAAGAUGGACAAUAGAAGGCUUCCAUUUAGUUUUGUACCUGAACCUGAUCUACAGACUAUUCAACCGCUCCCAUAUAAUACGAAGGGAUCGAGAAGCCGCAGGCCUCAGAAAUCUCGUAAUGCUUAUUCACAUCGAUCACCACAAAUUGCAAUGGAUGAUGAUCAUGUGGAGGAGCAAAGAUCCAAUUUCCCUCAGGGAGGCUCACAUGUUGUAAAUAGACCAAGGCCUAGGCCAAGGCCAAGGCCGCAUAGAUCCAAUCCCUGACUAUUUCAUUUUGUAUUUAUCUAGGCUGUGGUUUCUAUGAGGUUGCAACAUUAAAUAACCCAAUUAAGGUGCACCUCCAAAUUUUAUCAUAAUAUGUAAGUUUGGUGUAAAAUAUUUUUAGGAUUAUCUAAAAAUUGGGGGUGUGGCUCUCGAUAGAGCAAAAUGAUGUACCAGGAUCCAUGUAAGCCGACUUUAAAUGGUUUGAAAAAAGCUAUUUUUUAGAGGUGCGAA